CAACAACUCACAAUUUUUCCCAUUUGCCAAGAUUGUCAAAAUGGAUUCGGAUAAUCCAAAAUAUCGAGGCGACAUGCCGACAAAUCCAACUCUGACCGAAGUCUUCAACCGAAACAAGUUGCGACACUGUUCUUUGGAACUGUCCUCCAAUAAGCCUGUUCCUCUCGAUGUAUUUGAAGGGUUGAAAGUCAAUUUCUGUUCCGUAAUUUGGUUGGGAAGUUACGAUACAAAACCCGAAGAGAUUGCAUCUAUGAAACUCGCUAAAGAUCUGAUAUCCAGAGGACACACGGUAGUUUUGCACGUGACUGCGCGAAAUAACACCAAAAAUUCGCUUUCGAAAGUUUUGGACUACGCCAAAUUUAUUGGUGUGAGGAAUUUGUUAUGUCUACGAGGAGGUUCUCAGGAGUGCAAGCUUCAAGAAUCAAAAUACGAUUUUCCCCACACUCCGGACAUGUUGAAGUACAUAAAAGCGAACUAUGGCGAUCAUUUCGAGAUUUGCGUUGCCGGAUUCCCUUACAAACAUCCCGAUUCGAAAACUCUUGAAGAUGAUAUGAAGUUUUUGAAAGAAAAAUGUGACGCAGGAGCAAAGUACAUAAUCACCCAAGCGGGAUUCUCCUACGAUAUUUACAAACAGUUCCUUACCACUAUAAGAAAAAACAAGAUCAACUUGCCAGUGAUACCAGGGGUUUAUGUGAUACAGUCGGUGGUGGAUUUUUGUUUGCUCAAAAAGUUAUGCAAAGUGCCCCAAGACGAUCCGGCUAUAGAAUUCGUGAAGGAAAAUAAAGAUAAGGAUGAUGAAAUAGCUGCUUUCGGCUGGAAGCUAUCCACCGAAAUAGUUAAAAAGUUAAUUCAAGAUACGGAUUUUCUGCCACCUCAUAUUUUCUCCAUGAACGAAUUCAGAGCUAUCGAGAAUUUUUUGAAAAGUCUACGGGAACAUAAAUGACAGUAUUCAUCUCCAUCUGUAAUCUUAUGUUCUAUGGACAUAAGUGUACCCAGUAUUUUGGCCAAAAUAAACACUAUUUGCACAACAA